AAACCUGAAGAUGAAUUGAAUUAAUUUAGACUUUAGUAUUAGUUAUUGUUCAUUCAUUCAAUUAUAUUGUAGUGUGUUUUACGCACGCACAAUAAUGUGGUACACAAUAAUAUGCAUUGUGGCAUAACAUUUUUCUUUAUCGACCAACACAUUUCAUAGUUUUUUACUUUAAAUAAAUACAAUAGGUAUACUCAGUAGUCAGUAGUCGCUCAUCUGAAAUUGUGAUUGAAAACCUUCCCCGCUCAACAUUUUAACUAUUACUAAACGAUUCGAGCUUCAUUGUACCAUUGUGAUAUGCAAGACACUUGUUGAGUUCAAACCAAUUGGUUCUACAUUCGAGUACCUACUGUUUGGACGUUUAUUUUGGUGACCUCAUCAAAAUAUUAUGAACAUUGGUGUCAUUUUUCAAUGAAAAAGUGUUUGCCAUUAUCACAAUAAUAAUGAAUAAUCAUAGUGAAAAUGGCGAUAUUAAUUGGUACCAUGGAAAAAUAUCUAGAGACACUGCUGAAAUUAUUCUUUUAGACUAUGAAAAUAAAGCAGAUGGUCUAUUUUUAGUACGAGAAAGUAAUUCUGCAUCUGGAGAUUAUGUGCUUUGUGUGUUACAAAACAAUGAAGUAGUGCAUUACCAAAUACGACGUCAUGGUGAAGAUGCAUUUUUCUCUAUAGACGAACAAAAUAUAAUGCAUGGGUUAGAAACAUUAAUUGAACAUUAUUGUAAAGUAAAUGAUCCAAGUUUAGGAGUGCAACUGUCCAAGCCUAUUGUUAAAGAUCCUCCACCACAUGAUACCAGGAGACAUGGACGUACUAAUCUCUUGCACAGAGCCAUUACACAAGCUAAUUGUAAAGUAGUUACCGAGCUGUUAAAAUGUGGUUAUCGGAAUUUAGAAGCAAAAAACCAAGAGGGACAAACUGCGUUGCAUUUAGCUAGUCAGAUGGGUCAUGAUCAAAUAGUAGAGAAACUCAUUUCAUGUGGAGCCAAUGUGAAUUGUAGAGAUACAGAAGGCUACACUCCUUUACAUUUUGCUUGUCAGAAUAAUUUAUUGAGUACUGUGAAAAUCUUAUUGACAAUUGGCGGUGCAAAUAUUCAACUAAGAAAUUCAUCGACUGGAUGGGUAGCUCUACACGAAGCAUCAAGCCGAGGCCAUGCAGAUAUUGUGUCUUUGUUGUUGUCCAUGAAUGCACCAUCCAGACCGCGCACUUUUGAUGAUCUCCUACCUGCAGACUUGGCUCAUACCAAUGGACAUACUGAAGUUGAACGAAUGUUGAACGAGUUUGUUUCACCUACACCAACUUCAAAGAAAGAUCAAUGGUAUCAUGGCAAGCUUGAUCGACACGAAGCCACAGAAAUAUUGAAAACAAAAGAUGUCGAUGGUUGUUUUUUAGUCAGAAUGAAUAGGAAGAGCGGCUAUGUCUUAUCUAUGAUGUGCACCAAUCAGUGUUAUCAUUUCCAGAUCCAAGAUCGCGAAAAUUAUUAUUUUAUUGACAACGGGCCAUACUUGAAUUCGUUAGAACAUCUAAUACAACAUUAUACAUUAUUUCCUGAUGGUUUACCAAACAAAUUAGAAGUGCCUGUAAGCCCAGCAGUUAUUCCACCCCUUCCAAAAGGAUUUCCGUUUACAUUAAAAAAGCCAAAACCAAAACAUCAAACUGAAUUUCAAGACAAUAUUAUGAGAGACAAUUUAAUUUUAGAUGAAGUAAUUGGUGAAGGCGAAUUUGGUUCAGUUUACAAAGGAACUUUUCAAAAUCGAGAUGGUUUUGAAGAAAAAGUAGCCAUCAAAAUGUUACGAUACGAUAUGUCUUCAACUAAUAAAUCAGAAUUUUUGCGUGAAGCUCACGUCAUGAUGAGUUUAAACCAUGAAUGUAUUAUAAGAUUGAUUGGUAUAUGUGAAGGGCCACCAUUGUUGAUGGUUCAAGAACUUAUUGCACUUGGUUCUAUGUUAACUCACAUUAUCACACAUCCUGAACUCAUCAGUCCAAAUUAUGAGUUAAAAAUGUGGGCUGCUCAGAUAGCUUCUGGUAUGUGUUACUUAGAACAAAAACGUUUCGUACACAGAGAUUUGGCAGCUAGAAACAUUCUAUUAGCGGAUAGACAUCAAGCUAAAAUUAGCGAUUUUGGUUUGUCACGUACAUUAAAUGUUGAUAAGGAUUAUUAUAGAGCUUCACAUGGUGGACGAUGGCCAAUUAAAUGGUAUGCACCUGAAUCAUGUAAUUAUGGAACAUUUUCAAGUGCUAGUGAUGUGUGGAGUUAUGGUAUUACAUUGUGGGAAAUGUUUUCUUAUGGACAGCAACCUUAUGAAAACAUGAAAGGUGUUGAAGUAAUUGGUAUUUUGGAAAAAGGAGAGAGAUUACAAAGAACUCAAAGGUGUCCUGUUGAAGUUUAUAAAACAAUGGAGAUGUGUUGGGCGUAUGACCCCAAGGAACGCCCGACUUUUAAUCAGCUGUCAAAAAUAUUUGCAUCCGAUUCUGAUUAUGAAAAUUUCAAAGAUUUUAUAAAGCUUUAAUAUUGACAUAUUAGAGAAGAAAAAGUAAUAAAAUCAUAUUCCUAUUAGUAGUAGAUAAUACAAAUGAAUAUUUACGUUAAAAGACAAUUCUAAACUAAAAAUUAUUUUUGAUUUUUAAAUAGUAAUAAAGUUACUAAUUUUGAUCAACUAGAAUUAUUGAUAAUUAUCUUAUAUCUUUUAUUAUAUUAUAUAGAAUAAAUAAUUAUUAUACAACUCAAGUAUUUGUAAAAAAAGGUUUCGAGAUAUAUUUUUAAUACAAUUUCUUGGAAGUGUUGUAAUUUAUAAAUUUAAAUCUCUAUAAUGGUAUUUAUCUUUAAAUUUAUUUCAUCAUUUUACAGUUUAUAUCAUGUUGAAUUUUAAUAUUUUUUCUAAUGUUUAUUAUAUUUAAUUAUGUUAAAUGUUUAGUGUUUUACAUAUUGGGUAUUAUAUAUAACAAUAAAAUAAAAAAAUAAUUAGGAUUUUUAUUACAUUGUUAAUAUUAAAAUCUUUAGUUUUAAAAGAUUAUCAAUUGUCAUACUUCAUACAUUAUCUUUACAUAUCAAUAAUUUUUUUGUAUGAGAUUCAAGAAUAUUAUGCACAAGGUAGUUCAUGAUUUUAAAAAUAUAAUAAUAUAAUGGUAAUCAAGUUUCUUUUGUACUCAAAAGACCAAAUUAUUACAAAAUAAUCAUUACUGUCUUAUUUAAAAUUUGCUUUUUGAAAUUAUUACCUAACAUUAAAUGUCUUCCAUUAAUGAUUAAUCUAAUAUUUUUUGUGUGUUUAUUUUUAAUUUUGAUUUAUAUUGGUACAUUAUUGACACAAAAUUGUUAAAAGUUGUUUUAACUUCAUGCUUUGUGUUAUAAAAUACUAUAUUUAUUUUCUUCAUGUUUAAAUUAAUAAUUAAAUUUUAUAUUUUAAUACUAUCCAAUCAAACUAUGUAUUAUUUUGAAUAUAUGAAUUAACAGCUAAUUGUCUGAUAGUUUUAAGUUUUUUUUUGUGUAUGUAAACAUAAGCAUAUUAUAAUUGAGUUACCUCACAUCAUACUUAUAAAAAUUGUUUGCUCAAUCGAAACAGUAAACAGAGUUAAAUUGUUGCCAUAAUAAUUAUAUAGUUUAUUUGUUGUUUAACAUAGGUACUGAUUUUUAAGAAAAAUAUUGUAAACAUUUAAAUUAUUGUAUUAAAAUGUCGUUUAAAAAGACAGAAACAAAAGUAACUUUUAAAGUAUUCAUAAACUAUUCAUUAUUUUAUUGUACGAUAGUCUAUACAACCAUAUAUAUUACAUGUUGUUUACUUGAAAAUUAAUAUUAUAUUUUAAUAUAAUUUACA